ACUUUGGUACUAUCAAUGAUAAAAAAAAAAUAUUAUUAACUAUCUUAACUAACGAUCUACUUAAAGUUUUUAAGUGACCGAAAAGAAAUCAGAGAUUGUGAAAGAGAUUUUAAAGUGAAUCACGCAGAAAAAUUACUUCAUACAUAAAUUUUCGAUGUGAAUGCACAAGUGACCAUUCCAAUAAUGUAUUCUGCAGUGCUAGCAACUCAAGCUUCGAAUGAUAGACUCGACAGGAUAAGUCCAUUGCAAGGAUGCUCAGUCCAAGAACAUAAUAAUUUAUCCACAACAGAAAGGCCCAACUUUACCAUGAGCAUACCUCUUGUUCGAGCUGCUGGGUAUCUUCGUGUAAACUCUAUAACGGACGUUAUUGAUGUUAAUAAGUUGUUGCAAAGAAACACAUUCACUCAAUCCAGUGCUAUUGAUGUUGUUGAGACUGCUGGUCGACUUUAUUGCGCCAACGAACCGGAAAAUACAUUCUAUUGGCUGAAAAUCAUCACUUUGGCGAGAGACAGUCAAAGUUACAAUGUUCUACUUACGAUUAGUAAUGGCGGAGUCAUGUUAAGGACGACAAGAAACAUAGUACCAGGGGAACCAUUAUUGAUGUGGUUUUCGGAUUGCAUUCUCCACGGAUUAAACAUACCUUUUAUUACACCGCUGAAUUGCAACUUUCAAGGAUCGGUCUAUACUUGUCACAUUUGCAAUAGUCGCUUCGAGUAUCCAAAUCCUUUGAAGCUGCAUUUAGCCUUAGACUGCAGCCGAAUAGACAACAGUUGUAUUUGGACGCUGUUGGCGAGUAAGAUCGUCAUUCUUCCGAGUGAAGAAAUGAACCUGUCUUUUGGUCACUACCUGGAAAGAAACUUGGAGUUUAACUUGAAUCCUCUAUCUAUUUCUAGACGCAUAACAUUCCCAAUCGGUAUUACUCCGUCUUAUCUAUCACAUAAUCUAGACACUAAUCGGAUAUUGAGGAAUGAUUCGUCAUCUUCAAAUCAAGUAUCCUCUCGAUCCUUGAAUAAUUUCUCCUCAAUCUCGUCGCAUUCUUUACCAAGAAUCUUAUCGAGUUCGUCGGCUUGUGACCCGCCAGUCGAAAAUCAUUUAAUAAACCGUUCGAUGUCAAGAAUCUACAAGAGCCACAGGAAUCACAUGAUGCCCAACGAUAUGCAUCCGAAGCGAAACUUGGAAAUAGACUCGGAGGAAAUGAAUCUCGCGCAACUAGAGAGAAUCGCCAGCGAUAUAGGCAAAUGUAGUGCGGGUUACAAAUGCAUUUUUUGUAACAAGAUCUAUUCGAGAAAGUAUGGUCUGCGCAUUCACAUUAGAACUCACAACGGAUACAAGCCUCUGUAUUGCAAAAUUUGCGGACGCAGAUUUGGGGAUCCCAGCAAUCUUAACAAGCAUUCUAGAUUACACGCAACAGAUAAUAGCCCUUACAAGUGCGAUGUAUGCAACAAAGUUUUAGUGAGGAGAAGAGAUUUAGAGAGACACAUAAGUUCCUGGCAUUCGGAAAAAGGCAAGAAUAACAUUCUUGGCCCAUCAAGCAGCGAGUCGGAUGACACGGAUUAGAAUAACCAGUUUCACAAACUAUCUGUCACAAUCUCUAG